GUUAUUCGCUUCUUUUUAAAGCAAAGUUUUAUAAAAAGAGAUAUAUAAAACCACGCGUGGAUUAAGUGCCUCGGAUGAUUGACUAACUGGCAGAUGUCUAGCCAGACUUAAUUAAAUUAAAAGGCAAAGAUUUCCAUGUCUGGCGAAACGCUGAUCAAUUAGUGCAAAUAUAAUAAUUCGAGAUAAUCCCAUCAGCACCUGGAAACAGAAAAUGGGAAGACUCCGCUCUUAUACACCGCGUAUAAGAUGAAUCACCAUCUGUCAUGCGCACGCCUAGUGGAAUGCAUCUACUCAGGGCCUGCGCGUAUAGAAGAUACGCCCCCGGUUGUUGGCUUUUUGAAUGUGAAUGAAACGAAACAGCAGGCCAAAUGCGAAAAAAAAACCGCGGAAGUGAGCGAUCGAGUUAACUGUGUGAAACAGAUUGCUGACUUAUUUGGCCAACUUUCGGCAAGGUCAAUGUCGGGUGUGCUCGUCUGCGGACUGGGCCAAAACAAGAUGAUCUCGAACCGGGCGUGAAAGCUGCGUGGCGCCAACCAGUUGAUGACGUUCUGGCCAAGAUUGGCGUGGUUCCGCUCGGCCUGCGAUCAUUAUUUGCAGGUGCCGAAGGUCUUCUGGUUCAUUUUUUUGCCAACUUAUUUGGAAAUUCAUCCAAGAACUUGGUGGUAUAAAAUAUUAUUGGGUUUUUCAGUCGGUCCGCAGUUGUUAAUCUCCACCAGACUGUUACGGUUACGAAAUGUAUCUACGCGCGCGUUUGGCUCUACUGAGCCUUCUCUUCCUGAUGGUCUCCGGUCAGAGGAGUAAGUCCCGGAGUGAACGUCCUCAAGGCAGAACCUUGGGACUAUUGACGCCCCUUUUACUGGGAGGCGGUGGACCGCUCUUCGAUGUUCCCCUGCCUGCAGGACCACCCAUCAGACCAGGUGGCGGAUCAUCCUCCGCAGCCGGAGGAGGCACCCAAUCGGACUCAUACUACGGCGGCAGUUAUCCAAGCUACGGAUACAGGCCCAACUAUGGAUACGGAUAUCCCAACUAUGGUUAUAACUAUGGAUACCCGGGCUUGGGCUACGGCUAUGGCCAAAACUACUACAGACCCAGCUACUACAACUACGGUGGAUACCAGAGACCGCAGCCCUACUAUGGUUACCGGCCCACUUAUAGCUCCAUUGGAGCUGCCGGAUCAGGCGGUUAUCCCUCAUAUAGCAGUUCAUCUGUUAUCUCAAGCUCUCCAACAAAUUCGGCCGUUGGUUCGGCAUCAGGAGCAGGAGCAGUAUCUGGAGGUGGAAACCCACAGCUAUCCACCGCUCAGCAAGCCCAGUUAGCCGGUCUUCUGGGUCAGGCCCUUGGCAGUAGUCUGCGCCCUCUUCUCGCCAAUGGGGGCGGGGCAGCUGGAGCGACAGGAGCGGGGGCAAAUCCACAAGCGCUGAGCGGUCUACUCAGUCUGCUUGGCUAGGCCAUAAGUAGAUCAGUAUUAAGUAAUAGAUAGAAACAUUUUUGAUAAGUUAUCAAUUCGAUAAUCAAACUAUAUGCUAAAAUCUAUCAU